AUGGCAGCCUCCAAGCAGACCUCCCGCUGGGGCAGCUUCCUCCAGCAAGCCGUCGCGGGCGUCGAGUCUCGGCUGGAUAAUAUCCUUGCUGAGGGCGUGGAGGAGCAGAUGCAGAAUGCUGCCGCGCAGCAUCAGCAGCAGAGCCAAUUGCAGAGUCAGCUGAGGACUGGGUCACCAGUCAAUGGUGGUGGUGCUCCUGUUGGGAAGGUAGAAGGAGUUUCCAAAUCGGCUUCUACGAGUAAUCGAGCGCCUGAUAGACUUCAAGAGCGAUUGGCAAGGGCUAUUGCCAACAAGCAGAAGGGGGAAGCUGGGAGUGGGACUGCGAGUGGGGUGCCGAGUAGGGUGGGCAGCCCGGUGACGGUGUCGGUGGGAAGUAGUCCGAGGCAAAGCUUGGAUCAUACAAUGCCGAAGGCUACGAAUAGUGCCAGACAGAGUAUUGAUGUCCCUGCUGCGGUGAAGGCUGAGAACACGGAGGAUGGGAAGGCGGAGGAGGUACAAAAGACCACGGAGGAGAGUAGUGAUGUGAAAGAGGUGCAGGCAGAAGCUUCUCCUAUUGCUAUAGAGCCUGGAAGCUCGACCGUUGAGAAAGUGGUGGGGACGACAGAGUCCAAUGGCCAAUUAUUGAAGACAGAGACUGAGGCUUCCCCAAGACCGUCAGCGGAGUCUUCAAUACCGAGUUUACCUAGGGACUCGAUUGACUCGGCGAGACAACCUAGCCUGCCACCUUCUAUGGACCUGCCUCCGGCUGAUCGAGCGACUAGCAGCAUUGCUACAUUCAAGUCAACAGAGGAACUCGAGUCGCUUUACAAAAAGCUACAAACGGACUACGAGACCGCUGAACUUCAACGCCAAGAAGAAAUCCAUGGAUAUAUUGAGCGCAUAGAUGCGCUACAGUCCAAGCUACAGUAUCUAGCCAAAGAAGGCGCUGAAGCAGCUCGGAAAGCCAGCGGUGCCGCUCCAAGCGGGAGUCUGGAGAAGAAGCUCGCAGACAAGGAGGAGCAGAUCGCUUUGCUCAUGCAGGAGGGUCAGAAGCUUUCCAAGAAGGAAGUCAACCAGCUCACCACGAUCAAGAAACUCCGCGCCAAGAUCCAGGAAGACAGCAAAGCUGUUGAAGAAGCGAAGCGGAAGCAGGAGAUUGCUGAGCGGGACAUGGCUAUCUUGGCGGAACGAUUGAAGAGAGCUGAGACGUUCGAGAAACGACUCGGCGAGAAGCAGAAAGAAGUCACGCAACUGCAGAAGGAUGUGGAGACGCUGAAGACGGCAAACGAGGUGAAAAACUCGGCUGUUAUGGAGCUUGAAGCUGAGCUUAAGGAAGCCAUUGCGCAAGGCAAGGAAGCGGAGAUGAAGGCUGCCAACGAGGCUCUCGAGGCCGAGAAGAAGCGUGUUGCUGAGCUGGAAGACGAUAUUUCAAAUCUGAAGAUCGAGAAGGAUUUGGUCGCUGAUCGGGCACGAGCGCAGGUCAAAGAGCUGAAGGAGAAGGCUGAGAAAGAUGCAGAACGUGCUCGGGUGGUGGAGAUGGAGAUGAAGAAUGAGCUACAGAUGUUGGAGAGCAAGUUAGAGGUUAUGAGGGCUAGGGCUGAAGAGGUGUCUUCCGGGGCUACGGGCGAUGCUCAGGCCAAGCUACUGAGGCAGAUUGAGACGCUGCAGACUCAGUAUGCGGUUGCUAGUGAGAAUUGGCAGGGCAUUGAAUCCUCGCUUAUCGCACGGGCGACGAGUCUAGAGAAAGAGAGAGAUGAGGCUGCGAAGAGGGAAAGCGAUGUUAGGAGGAAAGCUCGGGAAGCUACUCUAAAAGCAAAGCGCAACGAAGACGAGCUCGAAGAGUCCCGAUCCAAAAUGCCCAGCUUCCAAAAAGAACUCGCCGAACACAAAGCCAAGCUAGACACGCUGCAGCAAAGAGCUGAGGCGGCUGAAGCAGCUCUAAUCGAAGCCCGCGCCACCUUCGAGCAAGAGAAACUCGCCUGGCAAUCCGAGCUGCAGAACCGCAUCGACGAAGAGCGCCAAAAGCUGCAAGAAGAAACAAUUCAAAAUCCCGGUUCGUUCUCCUACCGCCCCGGGUCACCCGUGGCAUCUACCCGCCGCGGCAUCACGUCCGAGUAUGUUGGGCUCCAGAACCUACAUAUCCGCCGCACCUCCGCCUUCUCUGUCAUCAACGAAGUCUCAGCCUCGCCAACCGGGUACGUGGGAAGAAGAACGUCGGCGCAGCCGCUCAGACAAGCUAGUGGGAAUGCGACGCCGAAGCGGCAGGACUCGAUGCAGAGUCUGAUGGAGAAGCGCAAGGAGGACGAGAAUAAUGUCGAGAGUCCGCCCGCGCAUACGGAGAACGACUCCUUCUUCGAGCAGAACGUGUCAGCGUCCUCGCCGGACCAGACGAUCAACGACCUCGUAUCUGUGUCCACAGCUGGCGCCGGGCCCUCGGUCCAACUCGUCGAACGCAUGUCCUCGGCCGUGCGCCGGCUCGAGAGCGAGAAGGUUGCGACGAAGGAAGACCUGGCGAGGCUGGCGGCGCAGCGGGACGAAGCGCGCGCGGAGAUCGUGGCACUGAUGCGGGAGGUGGAAGCGAAGCGGAAGGUGGACGAGCGGGCCCAGCAGCUGGAGGCUGAGGUCGAGAGGCUGAAUGAGCGGUACCAGACGACGCUGGAGAUGCUGGGCGAGAAGAGCGAGAUGGUUGAAGAGCUCAAGGGGGACGUGAGCGAUCUGAAGGCUAUGUAUCGGGAGUUGGUCGAGAGGACUCUGAAGUGA